AUGUCAGAACCACAGCCGUCGCCUGAGCUGGCAUCAGGCGGAGCGGGAGAUAGAGCGUCAAUAAUAUCAAGCAGUUCCGUGUCACCCACGCCAAUCUUCAGCGGAGAGCAAGCCAGUCCCCAAGACAAUCAACCUCCAGCAAAGGCGUCAAUACUCAAAAGAAUUUGGGCCACGAUAGGUAUCAAUGGGUUCGUGGUUAUGAUCAUGGUGAAACCAGCUAUUGCUGCAACCAUCAGUAUGGCAAUAUAUCAGAAAUAUUCGGUAGCAGCGAAUUAUCUGAACUUUGGGUAUCUGAUCAUCAUUGUCUCAGUCUUGACGGUACCAAUACUGCCGCGUGGUAAAUUUUUGAUGAAUUUAUUUUUCUGUUGUCUUAUGACAUGUUUAGCGGUAGCGAUGAUAGUGCUUGGGCAAUGGGCUGGUAUCAAAGCUCGUCAACACACGACUCCGGUUGGCGCGUCUCCAGCUGUUGCUCAAGGAUAUAAUUCGUCGGCGUCCGCGAUCAACGCCAUAUUUCUGUUGUUCAACGUUUUCAUCAUAAAUUCCAUACGCGCAGCCCGCCCGGCCCUCACGAUUCCGACAAUCCAAUAUACGGUUGUCGUCCUUGUUGGAUUUACUUACGGACCCAGCGAAACAACCGUCUACAGAAGCCACAGAUUUGUAAAAGAAGUACUUUAUGCUUUUUUGACUGGACAAGCGAUUUCUACAGGGGUCUCGCUGCUCAUCAUCCCGGUGUCGUCGAGAAAGGUCUUCUUUGGGGAGGUUGUAGGGUUUUUGCAAAGCUGUAGAGGACUCCUGAAAAAGCAGAUGCAAUUCAUCGAGUCUUUAGAGCACUCUAAGUUCUCAAGACCUAUUGUGACCAAGCAAGCUUUGGGUUCCGAGCAGUCAGUGGUUGACAGUACAUUACACGAAGAGAAACGAGCUGCCUUGAAGACAGCGACGGCGGCACUCCUCGUACUUGGUUCAAAGCUUGACGAAGACGUUACUUUUGCGAAGAGAGAAACAGCAUAUGGUCAUCUGGAUGGAAAGAACGUUCACGCUCUGAAUCUGAUAUUGAGAGGAAUCAUGAUUCCUAUCUCCGGCCUGUCUACCAUCGCAGAUAUAUCUGUUAGAAUGGAUGGCUGGAGGCGAGCAAAGAGUUACAAUCCAAAAGUUUGCGACCAACUGUCGGCGGAAGAUUUGGAGCUAGAACAUUUGGAAUGGUUGGAAUUGGUCGAGGGCGCCCGGCUCGCAUUUGAAAACAUGACGCGGAUUCUCGACGAGAGCAUUUCACAUGUACUAAAGACAUUGAAGCUGAUACCCGGAAAGAGCACGAGGAAAGAUGUAGCUGGGGAUGUUGAGAAAGGACAAAAAGUAAAGCCCAUAUCAGAUUUUGCCGAUAGCUUAGAACGCAAGAUUGAAGCAUUUCGAGACCAAAGAUCAACAGAUCUCCGAGCGUGGGCGCAAAAGCGAGGCUUAAAAUCGGUCUUUCAGUGUGCUUCCAGCAAGCGGCACGAAGCUCCAGCACAUGAGGCCAUUGAUCCAGCAGUAGCAUCUCGAGAAACUCUGGCGUCAGCAAGGCUUCAUAUAAUCCUGUAUAUGGAAUACCUCUUAUACUCGGUUUCCAAAGCCAUUCUGGUGGCUGUUAGAUUCGCAGAUUCAAUGGAGAAUAACGGCACGAUGUCGAAGAAGCGGUUCAUAUUUCCAACUGUCAAAACGGUAACCAAAUGGCUCAAGUCCUUACUCAACGGCACCGAAGCCUCAACUGAGCUUGAUCCGGCGUCAGAGGCUCAAUCGAUUUUACUGGGAAACUCGUUCCAGUCCCCUCGCGAUCCUGAACAUCUGGCUCCUAAGAAUUUCGGCCAAAGGCUAGGGAAUCAUUUUCGUCUCAUCCCAAGGUUCUUUGGAUCGUCAUCAGUCAAGUUUGGUGCUCGAACCGCCAUUGCGGUCUUCUCGAUUGGUAUCAUGGCAUACCUGAAAAAUACCCACGCUUUUUUCAUUCGCCAGCGCCUGGUCUGGAGUCUGGUAAUGAUAUCAAUCGGAAUGAAUCCUACUGCCGGUUCCGCCGUCUUUAAUCUGUUUGGCAAUCUCACAUUUACCCUUUUCGGAAUGAUAGGAGCGUUCAUCAAUUGGUAUAUUGUAGACCAAAAAACGGCUGGAGUGAUUGUGAUGUUCUUCGUGUUCAUGUGUUUUUACUUCUAUUGGGCUGCGAAAUAUCCAAGGUUCUUGACGGCAAUCGUCGCGGGAGCUCUGACACAUGUGUUGAUCGUUGGCUAUGAGCUCCAAGUACGUGUGAUUGGUGUCAAGCAAUCUACUGCUACAGGGCAGUCAUAUUAUGAGUUUUAUGAGCUUGCCCCUUAUCGCCUCCUUAUUGUGGGAGGAGGUGUUCUUGUGGGCUACAUAUGGACGAUCUUUCCUGUGCCAAUAACUGAAGCUUCGGUACUUCGUCGAGAUCUUGGCGGAUCCUUGUACGUGCUUGCAAAGUACCUUAGCUGUGUGACGGCAACGGUGGACCAGAAACUCCUCGAAGCAGACGAAGGAAGUGAGAUAGUUAGCGAUCAUGGCAAGAAGCUUGACAAAGCUAGGGCGAAAUUGCUAGCUCAGCUUAUCACUGGCAUCAAUGGGAUGAAGGCCAAUCUUUCAUUCAUGACAUUUGAACCUAGAUUUGGUGCAUACGCAUCAACCUCCUUCCAUAGCUCUUCAAACUCCACCACAACUCCCGGCUCCCCAACCUGGCUCCACAAUUUCACGCUCCAACACCGACAAACCCUCACCUCCUCCAAAGCCCUCGCAUCCCUCUUCUCCCUCCUCUCAGCAUCCAUCAAAAACGCGCAAGCUCUCCCUCCCUACCUCCACGUCCCAGAGGUCCUCACCUUAUCUCACGCCAGAACUCCUAUACACCCCCAAAAGGAGCCGUCUCACGGCAUCAGCAACGAAUCUAACAGAAACGAAAAUAGUCUUUUGGGUCUAGAGAAUGUUAAUGAGGAUGGAUAUCGCGCGGUGGUGGUUAUUGAGGUUGCGCAGAGGGCGGUGGCGCAUAGUGUGGAGAGGAUUGUGGAGUUGGUUAAGGAAUUGUGUGGACAGCUUGAUUUUGGAUAUUCUGUUGUUGCGCAGGGGGAUGAUGAGUCUGUUUAA